AUGAAUCGAGCAAUUCUACAAGGGUCGGCUCUGAAGUUCGCGUCCCAAGGGCGAUCGGCUUUGGCACAAAAUCAAUACCAAACACGCGCACUCAGUUACGUCUUGGAUGGUUUUGGCAGUGGCGGAGGUGGUAGUUCGGGGCGUUGGCCCAUCCGAAAGACCAACACGGGUUUCAACAUUGUCCCUCAAGGGUUCAAGUAUGUUGUCGAACGCUUCGGAAAGUUGCACUCUAUUCAAGACAGUGGUUGGUUCUUGGCCAUUCCCGGUGUUGAUCAAAUUUCCUUUGUCAUUGAUAUACGUGAGCGUGCCAUGGAUAUUCCACCCCAAUCUGCUAUCACCCGAGAUAACGUUUCGGUUGAAGUAUCAGGUAAUCUGUUUAUCAAGGUUCUUGAUCCCGAAGCCGCUGCUUAUGGUGCAGUAAAUCCUUUGUACAGUGUCACGCAGCACGCCCAAUCUGCCAUGAGAUCUGCUAUUGGUGAAAUGGAACUGGACGAAAUCUUGCACGGUCGGGCCCGCUUAAAUGCUUUGAUCAAGGGCAGCCUCCAAGAAGCGGCCGUCCCUUGGGGAUUGGAGAUUCGGCGGUACGAAAUUACAGAAAUUACUCCCGAUCAUCAAAUUCGAAUUGCCAUGGACAAGCAAGCGGCAGCCGAACGUGAUAGACGUGAACACGUAUUGCGGGCCGAGGGUGACAAACAAAGGGUCCAAUUGACGUCAGAGGGAGUCAAGAUUAGUUUGACCAAUGAGUCCGAGGGAGAAAUGAUCAAGAUCCGCAACGAGGCAGAGGCCAACAAGUACCGAAUUUUGUUGGAAGCUGAGGGACAAGCGGCAGCCAUUCGAUUGACUGCGGAAGCACAGGCCGAGGCAUUGGCAAAGAUUGCGGAACAAUUGCAAAAGGAAGGUGGACAAGAAGCGGCGAAAUUAGCGUUGGCUAAAGACUAUGUGGAGAUGUACGGUGAAAUGGGAAGAGAAUCCAACACUAUAUUAUUUAAUGACCGACCUGCCGAUGUCAAUGCGCUCCUAGGGCAAGCGGUCGUUACUAUGAAUGCUGCAAACGCAUCAACAAACGCACCAACAAAAGCAUCAAAAACUCCACUGACCCCCAGCGACAGUGCCGAAUCUUCGCAUGAUGAAAAAUCGUAG